AUGCUUGAACUCAAUGAUGGCACGAGUAGCUGUUUCUCUCUGCUGCACCCUUCCUCCCACCAGAUGCAGCUUAAUCAAGCUCUCUGGAAGGAGAACCAGUUUCUUCAAGAGGAGAAUCAGGUCCUCCGGGAAGAGAACAAGGCUUUCCGUGUGGAGAACAAGGUCUUCCACAACGAUAAUCAAGCCCUUCGAGCAGAGAACAAAGCCCUUUCUGAGGACAACAAGACCCUCCAGGAGAGGAAAAUGGAUUAUUUUGAAGAGAAAAAGGUUCUUGAGAAGCAGGAAAAGGCCCUCCGAAAACAGAACAAAGCCCUUUGGGAAGAAAUCAAGGCUCUCCAAGAACAGGAAAUAGCCUUCCAAAUGGAGGAAAAAGCACUUCAGGAAGAGACUGUGGCCCUAUGGGAGGAGAACAAGGCCUUCCAAGCGCAGAUUAAGGCUCUCCAGAAGGAUGAGAUAGCCCUUCAGGAAGAGGAAAAGGCCCUUCAGAAUCAGGGAAAAGCCCUCCAGGAGGAAAAAAUUGCCCUUCGUGAGGAGAACAGGGCCCUCCGUGAGGAGAACAAGGCCCUUCAAGAGGAGAAGAAAGCCCUUGAUGAGGAGAACAAAGCUCUCCAAGAAUGGAACAAGGUCCUUCAUGGAGAGGAAUAA